AUAUCAUAUAAUUCAAGGGUUCUUCCUAUAAAUCACAUAAUCUAUUAAAACUGAAAGUGAAAGUAAAAUCCUUUAAAUAUCUUUGUACUCGGCUUUUGUUACCACUGUAUCAGCUCUCCUCACCUGAAGCACAUCAACUUUUCAGGUAGGUUCAGCAGAUUAAAAACCUUCAGUACAGCUGCUGUAAACCAUGAUUUUAUGUCUUUGGGUAAUUUUAGACAAGUUUAGUUUUGUGUUAGAAACGUUCAGCAAAGUGUCAUACCUUUGGUUGAUUAGUUGGAUUUUGUUUUUUGUGAUUCUUAGAUGCUCUUUUAUUUAGAUCUGAUAUGUUUAGUUUUACUUUGGUUCAUAGUGUUUAUUUAUUCUAGUUAGUCUUAGUUACUCUAGUUUAAUCAUUUCUUAUGUCUAUUAUUCUUCCCUGUUGAUUUAUUUUCCAGCUCCCGGUGCACCUUCCCUCACCUCAUCUCUCUCUUUCUCUGUCUCACUCUUUUUCUUUCUCUCUCUCUCCUCAGUCAGUCUGUCUCCUCUCUCCCCCUCACAUUUGCGAUCAGUUUGCUAAUUACUCCGGUUCUUUGUUUCAGUAAUCAAUCUCCCAGUAAUUAAGCUCCUCUCUAUCAGUCACUCCUUGCUGGUUCCUCCCAUAAUUUCCCUGUGCUUCCCAGUAUUCUCCCAGUGUCUCCUGGCUGAAUGUUCCUAGAUCUAUUUUAUAUUUCAUAAUUUUGUCAUUAAAUCAUCAAAUCCAGUUGCUGCCUUUGUUUGGAACCAGUCAGCUGGACCCAGCCGAGAUUCUCCAAGGUGAGAGUACAAAUAACUUUCUAAGAAAUAUCAAGUUAAAACUAGACAAUAUUUCCAUCAUAACCUCACCUUGGGAACUGGUGACUGCUGCUGCUCACGUCAAGACAGUUUUAGACCCAGAAUUUUCACUCCUGUCAUCUCUUGAAUUAAUGAACAUAUUGAAGAGGUUAAGUUCAACAGACCCACUCCUCGUCGGUAUCAGCCCCCCACAGCUUUUUUGAUUGGUCACCUCAUGUCUCCUCAUUAUUUCUGCCACUGUCUACAUGAUUCCCAGUUUGCUCCACUUAUCACAACUUUAAAACUCAUUAUUCACACCAGUUUUUCAGCAGCAGCCUCCUUGUCUCCACCCACAGUGUUUAAAUCCAUUGCCACCUCUCCCACAACCUUCCAGCCUGCUGCAGGACGAGCAGUGGCAUGUCUCACUUGCCUGAAGCCACUGCUGGCUUCAAGAUCCUCCAGCUUCCUGGUCGGCCUCCAGAGUUUCUUUGUGGGCUUUUCCAGCCUCAUGGCCUCCAAAGUUCCUGCACCACCGUCGUCUCCAAGGUUGCUGCUCCUGCAUUGCCAGACUGCCAAACUGUGUGCCCCUUCAUGAUUUUCUGAACUAUAGUCUUGUUUUUGUCCUAGCCUUCCUUCUAAGGUCCCUUCCCCCCACUCCGGUUUGGCUUGUUUUUGUGUUUUGAACUCUUCAGCAGUCUGGUAUCUGCCUUGAGGGGGCAGUAAUGACUCAAAGACUUGCAUCCAUCCUGAAUUCAUUUAUUUUGUAACUUCUGAAGCUACAAAAUAAUUAUUUCUAAUUAUUUGUAAAAUAAUAAAAACAAAACAAUAUGGAGAGAAAAAACUAACUUUAUUCUCACAUUUUGUCCCAUCGCACAUUUUUGACCCAGUCAUGGAGGGUAACUCUUCAUCUGUUUUAGCAACUCCAUGGAGAGAAAUAUCUUGGGGAAAUAAACAGGAACUUCUGCAGCACAUAAAGAAUUUUCAACCUCAAAAUAAAAAAGUCGGAGCCAUCAGAGUUUUGCUCCACGGCCCAACCGGUGCAGGAAAGUCCAGCUUCAUCAACUCUGUCAACAGCGUCCUGCAAAGGAAGAUGACCAAUGAAGCUCUGAACUUUGAUCAGAUCACAACCUCUGAUCAAAGUUAUACAAAAAUCUACCAAACUUAUAAAAUCAAGAAAGAAGGCAGGGGAAACUUUUAUCCCUUUGUGUUCAAUGACGUCAUGGGUCUGGAGGACGGAGAUGGAAGAGGAGUCAGAACAGAAGACAUCAUUCUGGCCUUGAAGGGUCACAUGAAGGAUGGAUAUAAGUUCCAUCCUAUAUCUUCAAUUUCUGAUAAUGAUUUUCACUACAACUCUUCCCCGUCCAUCAGUGACAGAGUUCAUGUUCUGGUCUGCAUCUAUUCUGCUAAUGCAGUACAAAUGAAGCCGUCUGUUUUACAGAAAAUGAGGGAAAUCAGAGAAGCAGCCAGUGAGCUGGGAAUCCCUCAGCUGGCGAUUCUCACCCACAUUGACUCAGCCUGUGGGGAAACAAACAAAAAUCUGAGAAACGUCUAUAAGAGCAAACAUAUAAAGAAAAAGAUGGGUGACUUCAGCUCCAGUCUGGGGAUCCCAAUGAAUCGCAUCCUCCUAAUGAAGAACUACACUCAUGAAACUCAACUGAAUUCAGACGUCGACACUCUGAUCCUGAAUGCUCUGAAACUGAUCAUUAACUUCGGAGACGACUACACCGAGAAACUUUUGGGCUCAUUGGAGACUCGGUAUACACCACCUCCACCUCCACCAUGUCCACUUUUAACAACUCCAUGGAGAGAAAUAAAAUGGGGAAACAACAAGGAACUUCUGCAGUACACAAAGAAGUUUCAACCUCAAAAUAAGAGAGCCAAAGCGAUCAGAGUUUUACUCUACGGACCAGUCGGUGUGGGGAAGUCCAGCUUCAUCACCUCUGUCAACUCUGUUUUACAAGGGAGAAUGACCAAUAAAGCUCUGGCCAGUGCGACAACCUCUGAUCAAAGUUUCACAAAAUCGUAUCAAACCUAUAAAAUUAAGAAAGAAGGCAGAGGAGACAGUUAUCCUUUUGUGUUCAAUGACAUCAUGGGUCUGGAAGACGAAGAUGGAAGAGGAGUCAGAACAGACGACAUCAUUCUGGCCUUGAAGGGUCACGUGAAGGAUGGAUAUAAGUUCAGUCCUUUAUCGUCACUUUCUCCUGGUGAUUCUGGCUACAAACCUUCUCCGUCCAUCAGUGACAGAGUCCAUGUUCUGGUUUGUGUUUACUCUGCUAAUGCACCACAAAUGAAAUCUUCUGUCCUAAAGAAAAUGAAGGCAAUCAGAGAAGCAGCCAGUGAUCUGGGAAUCCCUCAGCUGGCGAUUCUCACCCACAUUGAUGCAGCCUGUGGGGAAACAGAGCAAAAUCUGAGAAACGUCUACAAGAGCAAACAUUUAAAGAAAAAGAUGGGCGACUUCAGCUCCAGUCUGGGGAUCCCAAUGAACUGCAUCUUCCCAGUGAAGAACUACAGUCAUGAAAUUCAGAUUAAUUCAGACGUCGACACUCUGAUCCUGAAUGCGUUGAGGCUGAUGAUCGACUUUGGAGACGACUACGCAGAGAAACUGUGAAGCAGCAGAACACUUUGUGGGAAUAUGCAUGAAAUCUCAGUAGUAAUAUUGUUUAUAUCAUUAUAUAUAGUUGUUGAGGAGAGCUUAGCGGUUGACCAGCAACCAAAUAUGAAGUAUUCUGACCUUUGACCCAGAUGUUUCCUGCUUGUCUCUCUCAGCACUUUUCUGAUAAAAUAAGCAUUUCAAUGAAAUAAGGAAUAAUAAAAGGGACCAUGUGCGUUUACAAACGUCGGGAAUAGAUUUGCUAAAAGAUAAACAUUUUUCUGAGUUGCACUCUUCAGCAAUAUUAUGUUUUAUCCAUUUGUUUACUGGUCUUGUAUAUUGAUAGAACAACACAUUUACAUCAUGUUAUUCAUUUUGUUAAAUGACAAACGUUUUGUUCCGUUAUGUUCUUUUGUAUCUUCUUUUUUUUUUUAAACAUCCGUCCUCAUGGGAAAACAAGUGCCUAUAGUCGCUCAUAACAUUUUGUUUAGAACUAUGAAUUGUUUGGUUGAUGUUGAAUGCAUUUCCGUUCUGUGUGUCUCUUUCCAGCUUGAUAAAAGUCACCACCAAAGUAUUCACAGUGGUUUUAGGUCAACGUUUCAACACGUUUUUGUUGUGGCUCGUUCGUCGUAGAACAUUUGGAAAGCAACCUAUUAAUGUGUGUGAUGUUCAUAAGACAAUGUUACAGUUUGAAUCAUGUUCAAUAAAAAUAAAAUAAUUAAAAUCA